UGGGCUCGCCAGAAAGACAGAGAGACAGAGAAACAAAAAGCGAGAAAUCACGCCCAGCCCUGCUUUCCCGGGAACAGAGGCCGAGGAUAACCAUGGGCAGCGUCCGGCUCCCAGCGUCCUGAGCGUCCCUACUGACAGCCCAGCAGUUAUAUCGCGAGAGGACAGUCCGGGUCCGCAGAAGGCACAAACUUCCCUUUUCCCAGCCCGCGGUUCUGCCGGUCAAAUUCCGGGGUGCGGAGGUGGCUUCCCGGUGCCGCCUCUAAUCGCUCAGGGGUCCACCCCACUUCACACCGUUAUGGAAGAGCCCCGGGGUCCGGAAAGUCGCGCGAGCCUAGCGCUCGCCCAGGCCCACUUCGACAAGGGCGAGUACGCGGAGGCCGAGGCGUUGUACUCCGCUUUCAUUCGCCAGUGCGCCUGUGCGGCCUCGGUCGGCGCGAAGCCGCGGAGCAAAUGCAGCCCUGAGGAUUUGGCUACUGCAUAUAACAACAGGGGGCAAAUCAAGUACUUGAGGGUGGAUUUUUACGAAGCCAUGGAUGACUACACAUCUGCUAUAGCAGUCCAACCCAGUUUUGAAGUUCCAUACUACAACAGGGGGCUGAUAUUGUACAGGCUGGGAUAUUUUGAUGAAGCUAUGGAAGAUUUCAAGAAGGUAUUAGACUUAAAUCCUGGAUUUCAAGAUGCUACUCUGAGCUUAAAACAGACUAUUCUAGACAAAGAAGAAAAACAAAGAAGAAAUAUUGAAAAAAAUAACUAAAAAUUUUUAAUUUAAAAUAUUGACUCAUUAUUUUUAUAUCUGUAUCUAAUUGUCUCUGAUUUAAAAUAGAUAUUGAACUAUUUUGAUUGAUAUUUGUGCAUUAGCACUGACAGUUAAAUACUAUAUUGUGGUAGUUAAUUUCAGGUUGAGAAACUGUGUUAAAUAGGUAUCAUUUUUAGGCCAGGUUUGGAUCACAGCAUCUCGCCUACCUGUGCAGCUUGGUUUUGAGUGACCUCUUU